AUGAAGAACGGGAAGGCGGCUAGACCCGACGAUAUACCAGCAGAGGCCCUAAAGGCAGACCUGGAUGCAUCAGUGGAGAUGCUGGGCAUCACACUCCUAUCGGUGCCAGGAAAGGUCUUCAACCGAGUCCUUUUGGAGAGGAUGAAGGAAACCCAAGCAAGCCGCCUCACGCAGUCUUGGGAGCCUUCUAGCUCUACGCCCGUCUCUGAGCAGCUUCAGCACGAGGACUCGGCUGACGCGGCAGUGGCAGAUGUCACUUCAUUGACCAACUUACUGAAUCUCCUGGCAAUGCUGGCACUGAUCCCCGACCCACCCGUGGUCCACAGCGCCGUCCCGUUGAUGCACUUCCCUGAAAAACAGUUUUUAUCACAAGACUUGGACAACGAGGACGCCCGUGUGCAGCACGAGAUGAAGCAUGACAAAAACCCCAAGAGGCUGCAGCCGGGACCAGAAACAGAGCUGUCACCUUUCACUCUGUGUGCAAUAGAUAGAUAUACUAGACAAGAGUUUGGCCUGGCACUGAAAAACAAGUUUGAAGUGCUUCAGGAACUACUUGAAGAGGAGGAUGAUAAUGUAGUCAACAGAUGGCAGAAAGUGAAAGAGACACUUAGGUCAGCGUGCCAAGAAGUAGUGGGACCAAAGAAACACCAGCACAAAGAGUGGAUUACAGCAGAGACCUUGACCAAGAUAGAAGACAGGAAGAUGAAGAAGGCAGUUGUUAACAACAGUAGAACAAGACCAACGAAGGCCAAGGCUCAAGAGGACUACGCAGAAGCCCAUAGAGUAGUGAAGAGAAACAUCAAGAAAGACAAAAAAGAUUAUAUAGAUGGACUGGCAGCAGAAGCGGAGCAGGCAGCAUACAGUGGCAAUAUGAAACAGCUGUAUGAUAUCACCAAACGACUCUCCGGGAAGUUCAGCAAGCCAGAAAGGCCAGUCAAAGACAAGCAGGGGAACACCAUCAAUAGUCAAGACCAGCAGAUGACCAGAUGGGCAGAGCAUUUUGAAGACCUCCUGAACAGGCCAGCACCCCCAAACCCCCCAGACAUAGCAACAGCCAGCAUGGAUCUCCCGAUUAACUGUGAAAAGCCGACCAGAGCAGAGAUCAGGAAGGCUAUCACCCUGAUGAAGAACGGGAAGGCGGCUAGACCCGACGAUAUACCAGCAGAGGCCCUAAAGGCAGACCUGGAUGCAUCAGUGGAGAUGCUGUACCCACUCUUUGAGAGGAUCUGGGAGGAAGAGGAUGUACCGGCAGACUGGAAAGAAGGAUACCUUAUCAAGAUCCCAAAGAAAGGGGACCUCAGUGACUGUAACAAUUACAGGGGCAUCACACUCCUAUCGGUGCCAGGAAAGGUCUUCAACCGAGUCCUUUUGGAGAGGAUGAAGGAAACCGUAGAUUCGCAAUUGCGAGACGAACAGACAGGAUUCCGGCAAAAUAGAUCCUGCACUGACCAAAUCGCUACUCUACGCAUCAUAGUUGAACAGUCCUUGGAGUGGAAGUCAUCAUUGUACAUCAACUUCAUCGACCACCUGCCUCAGAAGAAUUCUCCAGAUCCGAUGGCCCGACACCAUCAGUAA